GCGUCCAAGAUAUUUUGUAGAAUGAUUUAUUAAGAGAUGUGUGUCGAAAGAAUUGAUAGUCUUCUUUUUCGGCUUCUGUAUUGACAUUUCUCAAAAUCAUCAAAAUUCGUUAGACAAAUUUAUUAAGUGUAGAUUAAAUUUACAAGAGCAAAAUGCCGGCCGAAUUGCCCAUUGACAUUCUAAAUAGGCCCUUGUCGGAAAUUGUUUUUAGAAGAAAAAAUAAUGCUUUAUUCAAGAAACUAGCGCGAAAGACUCACUUCAAUGUGAAAGAAGUCGAAGCGUUAGCGGUUAUACAUAAAAAAAUAACACAAACUUUGGGCCCUAUGACAAGAUUGGUGUUUCGAGAUGUUUUACAUUCUGGUUUGGAUUUUACUGAAAAUAUUCGGCAUUUAUAUAUCGACAGAAUUUUCUCUGCGUUUGACAAGAAAAACGUUCUGCAAAUUCAUCUGGAACAGUGGAUUGAAGGACUCUCCACAAUUCUUCGCGGCAGCCUG